AUGACUACUUUUGUUAUAAAAGAUGUCCGUCUUUUUGAUGGGGAGAACGUGCUUGAUAAUACAAGCGUGCUUGUUGAAGAUGGUGUGAUCAAGCAAGUUGGGCACGAGGUGGAAAAGGCUGACAUUCCGACCAUUUCGAAGCCGGGGCACACUUUACUUCCGGGAUUGAUUGAUGCCCACUGUCAUCCAUAUCGGGAGUCCAGGCUGUCGGAACAAGCAUUUCGUUUUGGCAUCACGACUUUGAUGGACAUGCACAACUUGCAUGAAAACGCGGUUUUGCAGAAGAAGUGGGCGAAAGAGAGAAUGGAUUUUCCGGAUGUCAAGAGCUGUCACUUCGCCGCCACAAUUGACGGAGGUUGGCCUGCAUGGGUGGAAAAGCAGCUGAAGAACAACGAGUUUUCUACCUACGAUGAUUGGCCCAAUGUGGCUCGAGAAGAAGACGCUGAACCAUUUAUUGAACGGGCCAUGGCAGACGGUUCGGAUUACAUCAAACUGAUGCAUGAAGCCGGCAGGGCCAUAGGAAUCGAGGCGGGCCUAAUCAAUCAGCCGAAAGAAGCUGUGCAAGCAGCGGUGGUCCGAGCCGCUCACAAGCGAAAUUUAAAAGUCGUCGCGCAUGCAUUGUCGCGCAAAGACACUCUGGAAGUUUUGAGAGCCGGUGUAGAUGGUUUGGCGCACACAUUCUUCGAUGAGCCCAUCACCACCGAGGUCAUUGACUUGUACAGGCGCAAUAAUGCCUGGGUCAACCCUACCCUGAUUGCUGCUGGAUCUCUGACCUGCGAGUCGAAGGAAAUUGUCAAACUGUUUUCAGAGGACGAGAGAAUCAAAAGCAGAGUCUCGACAGGAGACGUCCAGCUGAUGCAUCAUUGCUUGCAUAUGAAAUCACCCGGCGCCAAAUGGGAAUAUGCAAUUGACGGCGUCCGUCAAUUGAAGGCUGCCGGCAUUGACAUUAUCUGUGGCUCAGAUGCAGCGGCGGGCGCCCCAGGUCUGGUCUUUGGUGCUAACCUGCAUAUUGAAAUGUAUUUCCUGGUUCACAAGGCAGGUCUAUCACCGAUAGAAGUGUUGAGAGCCACCACAAGCCUGACAGCCGACCGUUUUGGAUGGGCAGACAGAGGAAGGAUAGCAGCGGGACUAAAGGCAGAUUUGCUCCUUGUAGAAGGAAAUCCUUUGAGCGAUAUUACUGACCUGCUCAACAUAAGAGGGAUCUGGAGGAACGGGGUAAAGUUCAAAGGCCACCCAGGGUUUCCGCAAGAGUGA